AUGAGAAACCCAGUAAAGUCACUGGCGAGCUCAAGCAAAACCCAUUUGGAAGAAACCAAUGGAGAAGAUUACAAAACCAUUUCUGCUUCUUCAGAAGAUGUGAGAGAGGAGAUAGAGCGUGAACUGGCUGAAGUUACAUUUGGGGACCUGCAAAAAGCACGCAUCGGAUGGUUCGCAUUUGGUUUACCAAAAGCAAAAUCAAGAAAAGAAGCCGGAGAGACACAAGAACAGUGCGAAGAACCCGUGAGUCGGUUUAGAGAGGUUGUUCAAGCUCCUAAAAAAGUGGUACGUGACCCUCGUUUUGAAUCACUGUGUGGUAACCUCGAUGUUGAUGGGUUUAGGAAGAGAUAUGAUUUCCUUUUUGAAAAUAAUCUUCCUGCUGAAAAAGAGGAACUGAAGAGCAAUUGAAGAAACAAAUGACCCGAAUGUAUUGAGGAAUUGAAGAAGCAUGUAUCCUGGAUUGACAAACAAUUAAAGUUUGAAACAGCAAAGAGUAGUGAUGCUGCAAUACUUUCUGAGCACAAGAAUAAAGAGAGAGAAGCUGCAAUACAUGGGAAACGACCCUUCUAUCUUAAAAAAUCUGAAAUCCGGAAGCAAAGACUUGUUGAGAAAUAUAACAAACUCAAGGCAUCUGGCAAGCUUGAAUCCUUCAUUGAGAAGAAAAGAAGGAAAAAUGCUUCCAAAGAUCACAAAUAUAUGCCAUAUCGUCGACCCAACACCAACACCGAGCUAUAGAAGUAAUAUCUUUACAAGUUUUUGGUUGGUCUAUUCCUUAAAUUCCAUCCAAUAAAUGUUGGUAUCAUUAACCUAUCUUUUAGGGUAAAGAAUAGGGUUUGAAACAGGAGUCAGCAGUUUUGUAGUUGUAGUUUAGAAUUGGGUAAAACAUUUUUUUUUUCUUUUUUGGCAAACCCAGUAAUUGUAUAGAAGAGGGAGAAAAAUACAGGGAGGGGGAACAAGCCCCACAACCAGCCACUCUUGGACAUGCCCAUAGAUGGAUAUGGUUGGUUCAGCAUCUUUGUCAUAGUUUCUGUAGAAUCUCUUCAAUUAUUGCUAAGAGAUGUUUAGUGACAAUUCAAAUCAAGGAUCACUGAACAAUAAUAUCAUUAUUCUUCUUCCGCCGGGAUGGGGGUUUGUAUUAUUUGGCA